UACUGUCCAGCACUGCUAAACACAGCAGCACAGCCUCCCGUGGGACACACACCAUGGACACCUCCAGGACCAGCCUGCUCCUAUGCACGCUUCUAUGCACGCUGCAGAUCGUUAGCGCAGCCAGGCCGGGGAAACAGCAGCAGCACCGGAGCUGCCCGAGUCACUGUGUGUGUGACCAGGACGGACUGAUGAUGAGAGCGGACUGCUCGGACCUGGGACUCGGCGCUCUGCCUGCCAAUCUCAGCAUCUUCACUGCUUACCUGGAUCUCAGCAUGAACAACAUUACCAAGCUUCCCUCUGGUGCCUUACAUAACCUGCAUUACCUUGAGGAAUUACGUCUUGCAGGAAAUGAUUUGACAUACAUCCCCAAGGGAGCUUUUGCUGGACUCAACAAUCUCAAAGUUCUGAUGUUACAGAAUAACCAGUUAAAACAGGUCCCAAGUGAUGCAUUUCAUAAUCUCCGCAGUCUACAGUCUCUGCGCCUGGAUGCAAACCACAUCAAUUAUGUGCCACCAAACAGUUUUAAUGGUCUUCUGUCUCUCCGUCACCUGUGGCUGGAUGACAAUACCCUCACUGAGAUUCCAGUGAGGGCGCUGGAAAGUCUGCCAGCCUUGCAAGCCAUGACCUUGGCAUUAAACAAGAUUCACCACAUACCAGAUCAUGCCUUCAGAAACCUGUCAAGCCUUGUAGUUCUACAUCUCCAUAACAAUAGGAUCUACUCCCUGGGAAAGAAAUGCUUUGAUGGGCUCCACAGUCUGGAGACUUUAGAUCUGAACUACAACAACCUAGAUGAAUUUCCUGCUGCUAUCAAGACUCUCAGGAACCUUAAAGAACUACAUUUCUAUGACAACCCGAUUCAGCACGUUGGGAGAUCAGCAUUUAAGCACUUGCCUGAGCUCAGAACUCUGGUUCUUAACGGAGCUUCUCAAAUCACUGAGUUUCCUGAUCUCACUGGAACCACAAGCCUGGAAAGUCUAACUUUGACGGGAGCACAACUGGUCAGUCUUCCCAGUGUUAUCUGUGAUCAACUGCCCAGCCUUCAAGUGCUGGACUUGUCAUAUAAUCAUAUCAAGGACUUGCCAAGCUUCUCCAGCUGUCAGAGACUUCAGAAGAUAGAUCUUCGUCAUAAUGAAAUCUAUGAAAUCAGAUCCAGCACCUUUCAGCAGCUGAUUGUCUUGCGAUCCCUGGACUUGGCUUGGAACAAAAUAACAUACAUUCACCCCACAUCAUUUUCCUCUUUACCCUCUCUCAUCAAGCUAGAUCUCUCAUCCAACCAGAUGACGUCAUUUCCCGUCACUGGGCUACAUGGUUUGACUCAUUUAAAACUGACAGGAAAUUCUGACCUACAAGAACUGAUCCCAGCAGAACAUUUUCCAAAACUCAGGGUCAUGGAAAUGCCGUACUCCUACCAGUGCUGUGCUUUUGCAAUUUGUGAAAAUGCGGCUAAACAAUCGAAUCAAUGGGGCAAAGACGACAACAGCAGCACUGAUGAGUUUUUCCGAAAGGAAGCAGGCAUGCUACAUAUACAAGAUGACCGUGACUUUGAAGAUUUCCUUCUGGACUUUGAAGAAGAUCUGAAAGUUCUUCACACUGUACAGUGUACACCAUCUCCAGGACCCUUCAAACCUUGUGAUCACUUGUUUGGAAGCUGGCUCAUCAGAAUUGGCGUGUGGCUUAUAGUUUUCCUAGCUUUUAUCUGCAAUGGUUUAGUUAUUGCAACUGUCUUCAGACAUCUCUCAUACAUUCCGUCCAUAAAACUUCUGAUUGGUCUUAUCGCCAUUAUGAACACUCUAAUGGGCCUGUCCAGUGGUGUCCUGGCCACAGUUGAUGCUUUGACCUUUGGAAACUUUGCUCAGUAUGGGGCUUGGUGGGAAAGUGGGGUAGGCUGUCAUAUAACUGGCUUUCUGUCUGUUUUUGCAGCUGAAUCCUCCAUCUUUCUUCUAACAGUGGCUGCACUUGAGAGAGGAUUGUCAGUGAAAUGUUCAACUAUGUUUGAAUCAAAAUCCGCAUUUAUAAGUGUGAAACUGUCUAUUGUCUUGUGCUUUAUUCUUUCACUGGUCAUUGCAGUGUCACCUCUGCUAAGUGGCAGCGCUUAUGGGACAUCCCCAUUGUGUUUCCCUUUACUGUUUGGUGAUCCCUCCUCUAUGGGUUUCAUGGUUGCUUUAGUCCUCCUGAACUCACUCUGCUUCCUUGUAAUGACUGUUGCCUAUACAAAGCUCUACUGCACUCUAGAGAAAGGUGAACUAGAAAAUGUGUGGGAUUGCUCAAUGGUGAAGCAUAUAGCUCUGCUGCUCUUCACUAACUGCAUCCUCUACUGCCCAGUGGCUUUCUUGUCGUUCUCCUCACUUUUAAAUCUCACAUUCAUUAGUCCAGAAGUGAUAAAGUCAAUUCUCUUGCUAAUUAUUCCUUUACCUGCAUGCUUAAACCCUCUCCUCUACAUUCUCUUCAAUCCUCACUUCAAGGAAGACAUUGGCAGUCUAAAGAGUACAGACAUGCUUUGGAGCAGAUCUCGACAAACAAGUCUGGCUUCCAUCAAUUCUGAAGAUGCCGAAAAACAGUCUUGUGAUUCCACUCAAGCCCUGGUAACCUUUGCAAGUUCUAGUAUAUCAUAUGAGUUACCAGUCAGCUCCUCCUCAUCAUAUCGAGUAACUGAAAACUGUACACUAUCAUCUGCAGCAAAUGUGCCUUGUCACUGAUGAGGCAGUCUGUCUUGCCAAUACUUGUAUUUGGUAUGUUUCUUUAUUUAC